GCUGUAAUACUGCAGCGUUAGGUACCUAACCUACCUAGGUACCUAAUCUUCCUAUAAUUGCACCUAGGUAGCUAAGGUAAGGCUUAUGCACGUUGGGGUUGGGAUGUAUAUGUCAACGGGCCGGCAACAGCUGUUAUCCAGUCAGGUACCAAUCAGUUGCCAAUUGCCGUCUCACGCACUAAGACGGCCGCACCCAAGCACAAGGUUCCUGUGGAAAAUCAGCAACUCAUUACUCAUUAUGUACAAUUGUUCAUUCACCUACUCAACAUCUCUUCCUACCAUUUGCAGCGUUAAAUAUACCACAGCAUCGUUAGUUUAUUAGUUGCACUUUCUUCAAAUAUUGCCAGGCAUACGGCGAUGAAGAAAGGUCGGUUCUUUCACUCUUUUUCACGAUGGUCUUCACCGACUUGAAACGCCAGCUAUCGGCCUUUGUGGCCCGAGGCUCAUACAAAUACACUCUGCUUCCUGAAAUUACCUCCCGCAGCCAGAUGCAAAAGCGUACUACAAGUUGGGUUAAUCAGCACAUCUUUACUGUUAGGCUUGCUCUAUGCGCCUUACUUUCGAUUGUGAUAAUCACAUUUGCAACGACUUUUAUGCAAUCUAUCUCGUCACAACCCUGCAGAGGCUUUAUACAUGAUCGUCACUGCAAAAAGGAGGUUUCUCGUUCAUGGGGACAGUACUCAUCUGUAUUUUCUGUCCCUUCAGAAAUCUCGCCAGCCAUCCCAGAAGAGUGUCAUGUCACUUUCGCGCAACUGCUCUCGCGCCAUGGAGCCCGUGACCCUACAGAGCAUAAAUCCUCAGCUUAUGGGGCAGUUGUUGAACGUAUUCACAGUACCGUGGUGGAUUACGGAAAGAACUUCAAGUUCAUCAAAGACUACGAGUAUACCCUGGGUGCUGACCAACUCACUCUGUUUGGGGAACAGCAAAUGGUGGACUCUGGCAUCAAAUUUUAUGAGCGAUACCAACAUUUAGCCAGCACCAAUUCCCCCUUUGUGCGUGCUUCUGGUCAGGAGCGUGUUGUUGAAUCAGCGCAGAAUUGGACCCAAGGCUUCCACAGGGCGCGGUUAGCGGAUGAUCAUUCCAAUGCCCCGGAUACGUAUCCCUAUAAUAUCCUAAUCAUUCCCGAGGGUGAUGGCUUUAAUAAUACGCUCAGCCCUGACCUUUGUCCUGCUUUUGAGGAUAGCCAACAUGACAGCCAUAGCAACCAGGAUACCUGGACAGAGCAUUUUGUGCCGCCCCUAACCAAGAGGCUAAACCAAAACUUACCUGGUGCUAACCUGUCUGACGAAGAGGCUAUCUACAUAAUGGAUUUGUGUCCUUUCAACACCGUUGCUGAUGAUAAGGGAAAGCUGUCACAGUUCUGCUACCUGUUCACGGUAGAUGAAUGGCAUGAUUAUGACUAUUACCAAGCUUUGGGCAAGUGGUAUGGUUAUGGAAAUGGAAACCCUCUUGGUCCGACUCAGGGGGUAGGCUUCGUCAAUGAGUUACUUGCAAGACUUACUGGUCAACCCGUUGUCGAUCACACCACUACUAAUUCAACACUGGAUGGGUCUAACUCUACCUUUCCUCUCGACCGUGUCUUAUAUGCCGACUUCAGCCACGACAACGAUAUGAUGGAUAUAUAUGGCACCCUGGGCCUGUAUAACCUAACAGACCCACUGCCUGGGAACCGAAGAGUUGGGCCACGGGAAACUAAGGGGUUCUCGGCCUCCUGGGCUGUUCCGUUUGGGGCUAGAUUAUACGUAGAGAAGAUGUCGUGCGGGGGAAGCAAAGAAGAGUUUGUGCGAAUUCUGGUUAAUGAUCGAGUGAUACCCCUGCAGAACUGUGGCGUUGAUGCGUUAGGUCGCUGUACGCUGAGCAGGUUCGUUGAGAGCCAAAGUUUUGCAAAGAACGGUGGGCAUUGGGACCAAUGCUUUGCGUGAUACCUCUAAGCUUGUUUAUCUGCCAAGACAUAUGAUGAAUGGAAUGCUGCAUUUUCAUCUUUACAUGGUGGCUCUGCUUUAGUUGUUUUGCUUUCAUUGCCUUUAGGUGCCUAAUCUAAUGUGUACAAUCGUGAUUCGAGACAAGGUUGCGGGGUCUGCUGAAAUACUAUCCAUGUACAGAAACUGCACUACAGAAACUGCACUACAGAAACUGCACUACAGAAACUGCACUACAGAAACUGCAC